AUGGCUUCCACUACCAAGCGCGCCGACUUCGAGGCUGUAUUCCCCAAGCUGGCCCAGGAAAUCCUGGAUCAUGCUAAGCGUUACAACCUCCCCGAUAACGCUCUCGAGUGGUUUGAGAAGUCCCUGAACGCCAACGUCCCUGGUGGAAAGUUGAACCGCGGUCUUUCCGUCCCCGAUACUGGUCUUGCCCUCCUGCAGAAGCCCCUGACCGGCGAACAAUUCGAGCAGUUGAGCAUUCUGGGAUGGCUCACCGAGCUGCUCCAGGCUUUCUUCCUUGUCAGCGAUGAUAUGAUGGAUAGCUCCAUUACCCGCCGUGGUCAGCCCUGCUGGUACCGCCAAGAUGGUAUCGGUAUGAUCGCCAUCAACGAUGCCUUCAUGCUUGAGUCCUCCAUUUACCUCAUCCUGAAGCAGCGUUUCCGCUCCCACCCCGCCUACAUUGACCUCGUCGAGCUCUUCCACGAGACUGCCUGGCAAACCGAGCUGGGUCAGCAGUGUGAUCUGAUCACCGCCCCCGAAGAUAAGGUCGACCUUGACAACUUCUCUAUGGAGAAGUACAUGUUCAUCGUUACCUACAAGACUGCCUACUACAGCUUCUACCUCCCCGUUGCCCUUGCUUUGAUCUACCUGGAGCGGGCUACUGCCGAGAACCUCAAGCAGGUUCACGAUAUCCUGAUUCCCUUGGGUCAGUACUUCCAGAUCCAGGAUGACUACUUGGACAACUUCGGUGACCCAGCCUUCAUUGGCAAGAUCGGUACCGAUAUCCAGGACAACAAGUGCUCUUGGUUGAUCAACCAGGCCAUCCAGCGUGCCACCCCUGAGCAGCGUGCCGUUCUCGAUGCUUCUUACGGCCGCAAGGACUCUGCUGAGGAGGCCAAGGUCAAGGCCAUCUACAACGAGAUGGGUCUGGAGAAGGUGUACCAGGAUUAUGAGGAGAAGGUCGUUACUGAGCUGCGCGAGAAGAUCGCUGCCGUUGACGAGACCAAGGGCCUGAAGAAGGAAGUCCUGGAGUCCUUCCUCGCCAAGAUCUACAAGCGCACCAAAUAG